AUGUCUUCGGGUGACGAUGCAGGGAAGGGCGAUCAAAGCGAGUUUGCUUUCCGAGAGUUUAGCCGUUUAGACAUCCUUUUGAACUUGUCGCUGAUCCACAGAAAGCGUGCUCUCGAUAUCUCAAGAUAUCUAAUCGAAAUUGGGAAGACCACAAUAGAAACCGGCUUGAGAAUGGUACAAAUUCAUAGCGGGAACAAAACACAAACCGAGAACUUCAAAAGUACCGUGAAAAUCGGUAGGAGACUGAUUUCAGCCGGAAAGAAAAUCCUGGCUCGUGGGGAAAAAGUUCUCAAGGCAGUCCUGCACCCAGCUAGCGAAAAACCGCUCAAGGCACACGAGCCAAAUAUACCAACUACAAGAAUAUCAGACCUACAAGUCGUGACACCAGUGAUCAAGAUGAUAUCACUCUGCAGUCACGGACCCUCUUACUAUGGCGUUACUCUGUUGGGAGGAAUUCGCGCGGGACACUUUGUCAGUCACGGAAGAGUUGAUAACAUGCAAGCGUGUAUCAAAAAGUGCUGCGCGAAUCAAGAGUGCGAUUUGGCUUUCAUGGUGAAGGAAGACUGUUAUUCGGUUAUCUGCUAUCACAAAAGCUUGUGUCGAAGCGUCCGAGCGCAGCAUAUAAAGAAAUACAAACCUCGUAUUGCGCAUAUAUGGAGAGGGUCUAACAAAGAGAAGGAACGAGUGACUGGCCACUUCCGGUCGCAUCAGCCGUCACGGAAGCAUAUGAAAUCAACUGGGAAGGGAAAGUUAGCCAUAGUAAAGCACAAAGAUUUGAAGAGCGUGACUCGUGAUGUCAUGUCACGUCCAGUGUCACAGGAUCGGAUGAGGAAGACAAAGGCACGAAAACGAAAGAUGACUCAAGCUCAACACUACAGGGAAAAGGUAGCUCGGACGCAAAUCUCAGCUAAUGACUUUGAUUCUCAUCUUUCUUCAAGUAUGUCAAACUUUCAUUCUUCCACGGAUGAAAGAUCUCGUUUGAACGCAACGCAAGGCUUAACUCAGAAAAGUUAUUCAAGGAGUUCUCAAGGGCAAACUGCUUCUAAAACACUCGUGAUUAAACCUUCAACACCCAUAGAGUCAAGCAAGAAAGAUUCCCGAAUAAUAAAGGAAAGCAUAAAAGUUACCAGUUCUACGCGUCGAAGCCAUUCAUCGGGUCUUAAGGAAGCAAAUUUCACUAUACAUAAAGACACGACUUCUGAAAAAUACCCAGUAGAGAAGAAGAGCAACAACGCAUGCCCACACUCUCCUAUUGAGCAUAAUGUCGGACUCCGCCAUGGCUUGAAAACGGGUAAAUUUUCGUAUAUUGGAGAAUUGUUUGAAAUAGAAAAGUGUCUUGACGUGUGUUGCCACGAGCCAGACUGUGAUAUAGCUUUCAUGUUAGACCAGUCAUGCUAUAUGGUUAAUUGUACGACUGAAUCAGUGUGCCGUAGUGUCCCAUAUCAUCAACACCAGUACUCCACAAGGGCAGUUUUUGUUUUGAGACGCUUCAACAAACACAAAUCUGGCUUUGAUAGUAUUCAGCGCGUGGCAAGUCUUGGGAGAAGUACAAUGCCCACUUUGUCCUCACACAAAGCCUUCACGAAGGGUAGUGUUGUCACGCCCACUGUUGCACAGGCUACCAAUAUCGAGACAGAGCACAACAGCGCUAGUCCUUUGCAAGACUCUGACGUGGAAAACGGUCCAGAACUAUGGCAGGACGAAAAGAUAAAGAUUAACUUCACUGGAGCACAACACUCUACGCCAAAAGGCAACGAAUUCGACCUCGUGGAAAUCAAAAGCAACAAAAGUGCUGACGAAAAAUGGAAAAACGAGAAAAUCCGGGUUCAUCUUGUGAACGUGGAUAACGCGGAAAGUCGGCCGUCCUCCUUAAGGCAAAAGUCCAAUUUGACAUUAGAGCAUUCUGAUAGACUUAUAUCGGGUAAGAGCCAUGUUGAUGCGCGUAACAAGGUUCCUAAAACAAACUCAAAGCCACAUGUCUCGGUUACUUCCCACAAUUACUUGACAGAAAGCGAAGAGAAGUUGGAAAGUUCUUCAGAAAAGGAAAACGACGUUGGGAGAAAAGGAUCAAAUACUAACGAAUCAGCAGUUUAUCACAAACACUCGUUGAAAAUCAAAGUUGCUCUAGGCAGUGGGGACAGUUCACUUCAAGGUGAACCAGAUUAUUACAAGUCUCAAUCACAGACCAGCAAGUUCUUCGAUCCAUACGCUCACCAGAAUUCUGAAUUAGUUACGAAGACUGCGGAGAACAGUGGAAGAGCGGGGUCUGGAAUGAGUGGUAGUGCCGAGUUAGAGACCGGGAGCGUUUUCGACACAAGCUCCGCCCAGUACGAAACAGGUUCUAGCCUGUACGAGACAGGCUUUACAUUCGAUUCGUCUUCCGCAGAAUCAGCGUCCCAAAAUUGCUCCAGUUACUCUUACUAUAAUGUCACUUUACAAGGAGGUGUUCAAGCAGGAAAUUUUACGUUCGCCGGCCGAGUUUCGUCAAAGGAAGAUUGCGUGACUCGUUGCUGCUCAACCGUGGGUUGUGACUUGACUUUUAUGGUCCUGGAUAGGUGUUUUCUUGUUGAUUGUUACGGUGACGAUUUGUGCGAUGUCACGGAGGCAAGAAAUGCAGAUAAAUUUGAACCAGUGAUUUCUUACGUGAACCUGACAAUCAUAGACACGCUUGUUGAUAGAACGAUCGAAAACAGCGGUCUUAUGUCCAUAGAGAAGAAUGAUAACAGUUAUGUUAACCAGACGUCUAGCGAGAAAGAAGACCGUUCACAUGAUGUUGGAGAAAUUAAAACUGUAACAACUAACCGUGUGCAUAACACACCUUGGACUCACGACACGGUCUUACAAACUGACAUGCACCAAUCAGGUUGCCUUUAUAGUGCUCCAUUCCACAAUAUAUCAUUCCGUCAAGGGCGGCAAGCUGGGUUAUUUACAAAUCAUGGAAAUGCUAAAAACAUUUACGAAUGUUCUCAGUGGUGCUGUCAAUCGAAACACUGCGACGUGGCAUUCAUGCUAUCCAAGGACUGCUUUUUUGUACGUUGCCAUAGUAACAAAUCUUGUGACACAUUCACAAUCCAUGGUUCUAAGUUUAACCCGAGGAUGGUCUUGGUGAAAAAACAACCAGUUCAACUUGACGCUCAACGCGAGAACAGCACAAGAAAUACUUCAAAUGGGGUAACAAAUCAACCAGGUAGCUUUCAAUCAAGCGAAUUUAUCCCAACAAGAUCGGCGAUCUUCACAGUGAAUAAGUCAUCUGAUUAUUAUGGGUAUUUAAUCUCAAGUGCUUCAUUAAGUUUAUCAGCAGCAGAUCAACUGGCGGUACCAUACAGUCCCAUUGCUUCAAAAGCAGCAGGUUUGGAUGUAAAUUCACCUGUUGCAAGCGGUACCUCUGAGGAUGACACCAGUCCUGAGGCCACACAACCUGUUCAAAAAGAUGACCCAUCAAACUUCGUAGAGGUAAAAACGAACGGUUCGGAAUUUUGGUGGCAGUUCUACAAGCCAGAGGAUAUUAAUCUAAGCAAUUCAAGCUUCAAGGUCGAAUUGCCUGAUAUCAGCGAAAGCACGAGAAAUUAUGCAGCCAUUGCAUCAAGUAGAUCCGCUUCGCCAACGGUACGUGGUACUCAUUCUCACAACCAAGAGCAAGAAUUAUGUAACCGCGCUAAGAUUGUAAAUGGAGUGACACUGACAGGAGGUUACUAUGCAGGGAUAUUCAGCAUGCAGGAAAACGUCACGAGCAUGAAGCAGUGUAUCUCAAGAUGCUGUUGUCUAUCCAAGUGCAAUGUAGCUUUUAUGGUCAGUAAAAUUUGCUACGUGGUCCAGUGCUUCAGUAAUGAGAAAUGCACAACUGUCAAAGCUCAUUAUGCAAGGCGAUACCAUCCACAGGUAUCGUACGUUCGCCAAGGACCCAUAGACACUUCAAUGGAUGAGGUCAAACCUCAUGUGACCGAUCAUGACCUCGUUACUGAUAAGCUUCGUUGUGUAUUGGAUGACAUCAGUGGGGCGAAGUACACGGUACCGAAAGGAUCUGCGUUGGUGCACUCUUCAGCUCAAGAUUUGGGUGAUUGUGCAAAGCUCUGCUGUCAAACAAGAGGUUGUGAAGUUGCUUUAGUAGAUAGUGGUACUUGUUUCUCGUUGAACUGUCAUGGCAACCUCACAUGUCCAAACACGAACCUUUCACGUGAUGAGCAAUUUUUUUCACGUUCGGUAGUCGUGAUAAAGGACUUGCUCCAUUCACAAACGAAUUCAGAAGGCGUCGAGACCGAGGCCUGUGAUUUCAGUAAUGUCCUCCAUGAAGUCGUGCUGCGCGGCGGCUCGCAGUCUGGAAAGUUCAAAUACCUGAUCGAAGUAGAAAACAUGGACACUUGUAUCAGAGAAUGCUGCAGACAUAAAGUUUGUGACCUCGCUCUCAUGUUGAAGGACAACUGCUUCUUAGUGUCGUGUCACAAUGAGAUGUUGUGUGACCCGAUACCGUCCCGCUCCUCUGACUACCAUCCCCAGAUAGCCUACAAGAUCAAACAUGGGAAGCGACGGCAUAUUGAAAACCGGUCAAGAAGGGACAGAAAGAAUUCAGCUACAACCAAGCACAUACCUAAAGAUUCAAAAAAUAGUAAUGCAGAAAACGCUACGUUCACGAUGGGUAAAUUUUUCCCAGUAAGCACCGUUACAGUAAGGAACGGUCAUUCCAACGAGAGUGGAUUUGUUGACAUAGCCAACAACAGUAAAGCUGAUGAGGAGAUGACUUCUAACGACACGGUGCUAGUGUCUAAUGAAACAGAAACCGACAUCUUUGCCAACGAGACGACGCCGCAAUACGUUCUGAUGUCGCAACCAUUGUUGACUUUAAACGAUUCCAGGUCCGUUCUUGGGGGCAAGUCGACACUUGUCCAUAUGGAAAACAGUCUGAGUGUUAAGAAAACGGUGCUUCUUUCCCGGUCAGUGAAAAGCAACAAAACACGGACGUUUUCAACAGUGGCUCGGACCGCAGUAGUUGACCCAAGCGAGCUUACCAGCAUAGAAAUGCAAUCGAUGGAGAGGUUAAAGUCCUUAAAGGUGCUCUCUAACCAAACGUUUAAUACAGAGGCUGCAGAAACCGUCGAGCAAACAUCAAAGACCACCGAAGUGCAAUUACAGUCGGCAAUUUCGCAGGUUUUAUCCCCUGCCCCUUUACCUGAUUCCCCGCCGGUGCUCAAAUCUAGCGUUCACGUAAGUCAAGUUGUAACAAAUGACUUGAUUAAAACGCAGACCAGUAACGUCCAAACGGUAUCCAUGGAGAAUGGAAGCUCGUCUUUAAACUCUCAGAUGUUAACGAGUUUAGGGGUAUCGUCUGCUGUAACCUUAGAGAAUUCCAAUCAGGUGCAGACAUCUCAGGUAGAAACAAGUUCUUCAGAAAUAAAUGAAUUUUCUUCGCCAGCUAUAUCGGAUUUAAGUACUCCUCUUAACACUCCUGUAACCAAGCAAAAAUUAUCGUCAACACGAAAUGGGCUUGGGCCACUUAACCUUGUUUCUUCAAAUUUGUUAGUGGACCAACCUGGUCUAGCUUCCUUAUCUUUGAAAGCCUCCUCCAUCAGAAAAAGUAGUGGAUCAGAACAAAUAUCGCAAACAAUUCAUUCUAUCCUACCCGAAAUCUUCGAAACUGCUGGAAUCUCUUCAAGCGUAGUUAUUCUGGAUGAGAAAGAAAACCAAGCAAUCCUAUCGUCAGAAAUCUUAGAUCAAUUAGAGUCAACUGCGAACGUAUCGUGGGGAAGCUUCUCUUUAAGUUCAGGUGUGUCUUCGCCUACCAACGUUCUCUUUCGGAGUAGGGUAGACAGCCUUCCUCUGUCACGUUUAGAGACACCAACCAUCGCUCAAAGUAAAACAGAAAACUAUCUUCAAAGGUUCUCACUAGUCACUGAGUCGGUGCAACCCGGAACACAGACACUGAAGAAAACAGAAGGGUUCGGUCUUCAGAGCUUCAUUUUGACAACGACAGAGAUUGUGUCAAGUAUUAACAGUUAUAGCAGGUCCAGCCCGUCUAUAAUUGUUACCCAGGGAAACAAAACAGUACCAGCCACUGUCACGACCAUCUCCAAAAGUGAAGAGCCCAGUAUGAGUGCUAAUUUGCUCGAUCAACCAAACGUGACGGCUCAUGCAGAUGUGAAUUUGACUUCUCCAUCUGUGCCUGGGCGAUUCUCAAAACAAAGCCAAAAUGUUUAUCAGCGGAGAACAUUUCCCUUCGUCUUACCUACACCAUCAGCAACCGUUCAUGUUAUUACUGAGGAGCCUGUGAAUAACAAAGCGUCUUCCUCUCUGGGCAAUACACAGUCGAUUGAGUUUGCAACAGUGCAGGAGGAACGAGAUGAAAUCCCCGCACUCACGCCAAGACUAGCAGGACUUCCAAUUUUGUCAGACGUAUCUUCCAUUGAGAUCCAUUCUUCGACUUCUUUUGUUGGUGCCAGCAGCCCUGGAGUAUUAAAUGAGAACAACGAGAAAUCGAACGACGAGCUGAUUUCUGCAAAAUCAGACACUUUUGUUGCAGUGGGAUUGACGAGCCCACCAUUGAAAAGGGAACCACAGGCUGUUUUUUCAGAAAAGAUACAUUCAUCGACGUAUUGGAGCCCAACACCGACUGCUACAACAGAGACAUUCAUGGUAAAGGCGUUUUCAAACCCAGAACUGGCGAACAGUGCACGAAACGUGACACAAGUGACGUUUAAAGGUCAGAGCUCAAUAAAUCCCUUAAUCGAAGCAGAUGGUAGCGGUCUAGAAGCUGGUAGCGGUGAAAAGGCAUCUCCUGUAGUGAGAGUUCAGGGUACCCGAGAACUCGAUGAAGCGGAUACACUUUGGCAGUCUACACAGAAAGUCUCGUCAUUCAAACGGGAGGUAGCGCUGACAGUAGUAGCAAGCAGUUCAUCAUCGGUAGCAUCAUCGCAAUUUUCACGUACGAUACUUACACCAUCUUUACAGCAGGGUGUCGUAACCAACAUUGCAGCAGUAAAAACAUCUACGUUAUUGACACAUUUUAUACAGAAAAAGUCUAAUGUUGAACCAUCUGCCACGGAGAAGAAUAUCACUCAACUGUCUGCUACUGAGGGAAAGCAGGCUGCUACUAGGAAAAUUUCACAGCAAGAUAUUCCGGCUGAAUUUUCAGUUUUACACCAAGGGGCAGCUGGUUCCUCGUCCGAUGUGUCUCGUAACCAGAGUAGUGCGAUAUCGAAGUCCACAGAGACCAAUAAGCUUUUAUCUUCUGGCGUUUCACGGAAGCAAUAUCUCACUACACUUCCACUACAGGACUUACAAAUUCAAAAGCAAAUAUCAAAUGACGUUAUUGCAGCAUCAAGUACACUCAGCAUCACCAAAAGUUUACAGACCUUAAUGCCAGAAGAAACUUCCAGUUCAAAUGCAUCUUUAUAUAAACAGAAGACUAUCCCAGAGUCAACUGAUAGUUUUAAAACCUCCUCGGAGCCGUCACAGCAACAGAUGAUCAGUUUAGAAGGUUUGUUGAGUAUUUAUUCUCGUAAAACGACAACACUGUCGCUAUCACACAGCAGGCCAGCAAACACUUCAUCUACGGAAUUUCACUCUGGGCUGGUUUCCUUUCGUUCAACUGCAACGAAGAACAGUAUUGCUCUUCUUGCCGCAACUCACUCACAAGCUUCUGAGACACUUCAAGGUGUAGGAAAAAUGACGCCUUCACGCGUUUACAACGCAAAUAAUGAGAUAAAAAAGAGCGACGCUAGGGUACUGCUUGGAACGCCGUUUUUGCCACACAGCGUCAACACCGAGAACAUUAGAAAUUCCACCAAAGCCACUCCAAGUGUACUUGAACCCCAAUCCAGUGGGAGGUUUGUAACGAGAUCACUAACCAUAGCAUCGACAUCUGUACUAGAAAGUCUUGAAGACACGCUGGGAAAGUUGCAGGGGAAAGAAAAAGUAGUCCGUACGCUAGCCAGUGGAAUAGUUACAAGCCCUGUGUUUCACCAUGCUAUUCGCCACAUAGGAGAUUUACUGAAGAAUGAAACUGGAUUAGUGCAUUCGGUGUCUCGAAUUGAAAGCAUGUUGGGUCGUCUACAGAACCUCUUAGCACGUGAAACAAGAAACCACGUGAGAAACUCGGUUAACUUUUCGUUGCCCUUGGUAGAUACGGUACAGAAAGGCAAUAGCUCUAACGAAAUAUCCAAGCAAGUAGAUUCGAAACUUGAUGGCAUUUCAACGAAGCUAAAACGAAUAUCGUCAGUGCUCACUGAACUGCAGAUAAAGAAAAGAGAAAAAAAUAGCACUAUAGUUGAAAAGUCUCUUAUAGAACGACCGGGAAAUUUUACUACAGUCGACGAGAAGCACAACAGGCUUAUUGAGCUCUUAUUAAAGAGAUUUUCUAAAUUGGAAGCUCUGAUUCAAAGGAAUCGAGACUUUGUAAAUUUCAACACUUCUAAAACGCAAAGCAUCGAAUCAGUGAAUGGAACCUCCGGUACAAGUGGUCGUGUCGUUCAACAUAGCUCAUCAAAAGGCUCAAGCAGCAUAAUAAAAUCCAAGCAAGAAGCAUCGGCCAUGGUUUCAUCGUCGAAUGAAGCAACCCUUAGAAUUUCCAGUCCAGUAACAUCUCGGAGAGAUCAGAUAUUUACGAAUACCUUGCUUAGCUCCAAAGAAGUCGACAUGCAUCACACGUCGACUACAAUGAAAUCAACUAUUUCAAUUUCAUCAACACGGUACAUGAAUGAUCGCAACGUUUCUCAAACCACAACAAAUAGGCUGAAUUUGGAUUUGCUGCAGGUACCAAAAAUCAGCUCGUCAUCUGUUCACUUAUUUACUUCACUUGUUGGUAGACCUCCGCCAAGAAACCUGAUGACAUCACAUGACAGCGUAACGUUACUGACUGAAGUAACCAUCAUUAGGAAAGCAGCGUCGUCUUUGGUUCGUGCGAAGCCAUCAAUUGGAAAUGCCGAAAACCAUAUUAAUGUUUCAAGCACAGUUUUGAGGCCAUCUGUAUCUACGACUAGUUCAAGAACUGCUUCAGCUGUUGUUGGCGUCCCUCAAUCAGUCAGUAAUCAUCACACGUACAACAAGACACAUCAUGGUGAGCGUAGUGAGGAAUUCACGUUUGUGACAUUUCGUAGUGGAAUGGAGGCUGGUGUUUUCACCGAUAGGGGCAAGGUGAAAAAUAUGGAGUCAUGCGUAGAACGCUGCUAUAACCAUCCAUCGUGUCACGUGGCAUUCAUGGUAGGAAAUAACUGUUAUUCCAUACACUGUUACAGUCAAAAAACGUGCGAAAUUCUGCCCGUCCAGUCUCCUAUAAUCAGCACACGUGUUGUCUAUCUCAAGGAUAGAAUGCUUAGAUUACCAUACAACACUACAACACAACCCAAAGCCUCUUCUUUAGUAACAGAUGAUAGGAAUUUCACCAUCAAGAACUGUGCCAAGAAUGUAACAGUUCUCAAGAACAUGACAUUUCUCGCUGGAAUGAGCGCUGGCAACUAUACCGAUUACGGAACUGUGGAUAGCAUCCAGGCCUGCUCGAACAUUUGCUGCUCUAAAAAAAUAUGCGAUGCGGCGUUCAUGAUUCUCAAUAACUGCUUUACAAUCGACUGCAUUAGUGACAAAGCCUGCCAUGCAAUUCCAUCAAGAUCACAUAAGGUAAACACAUCCAUUGUUUACUUUCGUAAGACUCUCUCUUCAGUGCGUUUUCAGCAAGUGCGCGUGGGGGUGCCUGAGGCUAAGAGUCAGCCACUCUGCCCCCUUCUUAGCGGUGUUCUCAAGGGAGUUACCUUCAACGGGGGAAUAAGAGCAGGCAACUUCACUGAUCAUGGAUUUGUCCAGGAAUUCUCUUCUUGCAUCGAGAAAUGCUGUAGUUCGAAGACUUGUGAUGUUGCGUUCAUGGUCGAAAAGAAUUGUUAUUCCGUCAAAUGUGCUGCAAACAAGAGACGCUGCCUUCCAGUAGUUGCAAGAUCGAAGAAAUUCAAAACGUUCAUGGCUGUAAAGAAAACAGGCGACUUUCCAAAAUUCUCUAUUCCAGCUGGGAGCAAUUCGACGUGUGCUCAAAGCGGGCCUACUCAAAACAAUUUUACAUUUCGCAGAGGUAUCAAGGCUGGAAACUUCACAGGUCGUGGUCAAGUAAAGAACAUGGACAGUUGCAUUCAGAAAUGUUGUAGCAGUCCUUCAUGCAGUGCUGCUUUCAUGAUAGGAAAACACUGUUACUCAGUCGUAUGCUCCUCCGCGAAAGACUGCGAGACAGUGCUGGCAAAGAAGACAAACCUCAUUACGUCUAUUGCUUUUGUGAAUAGAGAGAGGGAGAAGGACAAAGCUGAAGAAAUUGAGUCAAAUCAACGAACGACAUUUACAAGAAGCAUUCUAGGGGGCCAUUGCGAUGUCACUGAUGUGCAGCAUAAUGUAAAUAUUACUGGAGGAUGGAGAGCAGGAAAAUUUCUCCGAAUUUCUGAUAUCAAGGACAUGAAAAAAUGCACGGAAGCUUGCUGCGAUUAUCAUGGAUGUGGUGCUGCCAUGUUCAUCGAUAAAUACUGCUACAACUUAAUCUGUUUUAAGCAGCGAGGCUGUCAGCUGAUUGGGUCAAAAGAAGCCUUUAUGAUUGACAAAUUUGUCGCGGUACGCAAGAACGUGGGCCAUGUCCUGUCACCUUUCAAGAAAGCGCAAAUUGCUACGCUCACUGCGUUUAAAGAGCAUAUGAAUCACUCCUCGUUCAAGCAAGAAGUCCGCAACGCAAACAAAAUUCGAAACCGAUCGACGAUUUUUAACUUGGAGACACCUGAGAAGACAAGAAAUGGGGAUGACCUACACAAACUGUCACGCUCCGUGAUGCAAUCUCUAUCCAUCCAGCCCACACGUACGCGCUUUUUAACCAAAAGCGAAGGUCUUGAUAAAACAGUUUUCAAUUCAAACGCCAAGAAACAUGAAAUUCCCUUCUAUAUCUCUUCAAAAGUUAAAGACCGCUCUCUGAUUCCGUCAUUGUUGAGGACACCUCAUUCUCAUAUAAAAUCAUCCGCUGCAAGUUUGCAUGAUAGCCCAAGCAUCGCAGUUAGACAUACGUCAUCUAUCUCCGUUACAAAGCAGCUGACCAACGUUCAAGAUAAGACGCAAAGUGUAGGCACGUUAAAGAUCUCAAACUCUAAGACAUUAUCACCGCUAAUAACAGACACUCCUGCCAUGUUUAAUCCUUCUUCAUCCACAAGCAAAGAAUAUAAGUUGCCAAGGCAGUCACUCAGUUUGGACACGCCAUUCACAACUUCCAGCAAUUUUACAGAAGAAGUUUCUGUUUCUAGCGCAAGUUCUGCGAUUAGUGAGGAUGGAAUCAACGUAACUGCAGUGCCACAAGAGGGGUACUCAUUCAAGAGCGAUUAUAGUCUACUAAAGGGAAAGGCUAAUCACAAAACAAAAAGGACAUACGCCUGUACCCAUACGUUUGUCUUUAACAAUGCAACUUUACGCGGUGGACUCAAAGCUGGAGAUGUCAAGAAUGAGGGUAAAGUGGAAGGAAUGGAGGAAUGCGUUGAGAUGUGUUGCAAAACACCAGAAUGUAACGUGGCGCUGCUGUUGAAGGAGAACUGCUAUAUUGUGGCCUGCUUUAACAAAGAGAGCUGCGAGGCCGUCCCUUCUAAGCAAACGAAAGGCAGAACGAAAGUCGCGUAUGUCGCGCGCAGUAAGGACGAAACAGAACUGAUUAAACAACUUAUCAGUCACACAGAAACAUCAAAAACUAACGUGUCAAGCGCCAAUAGAACUAAAGAUGGCAAACCAACAGGAAACAAAGAUUUUCAACCUGCAGAUGUUGCUAUUAGACAAGGAUCGUGCUUUAGAAGCCCCAUUUUGCGCGACGUUCGUUUUAAGCUUGGCAGACACGCUGGCGAUUUCAAAUCAGUUGGUUUAGUAAGGAAUGUUGACCGAUGUGUAGCGUUAUGCUGCAAGGAACGUGCGUGUAACGCAAUCUUCAUGUUGGGAUCACGUUGUCAUCUGGUUUCCUGUUCUAAUGAGCAAGAUUGCCAGACUGUUGAGGCAAAGUCGAAGUUUUACAAGCCCACGGUGGUUUAUUUAGCGAGGUCCAAGGUCGAAGUAGCAUACUUUUUCAAGCUGAUUCCAAAGGAGGCGCUCGGGAAAUAUCAAGACAACGCGACUCUUGCUGUGAACGCGUCAACUGAUGAGGAUGAGUCAGCAAUACGCAGAUCACAACUGGAACGCCCAGAGUGGAAUACAAGCGUCGGUGUGUCGUAUUCCCAAAGGAGUAAUGCAAACGUCACAGCAGCAUCUGAACCUUCAAAUGCCUUUACUACUCUGGAGAACGUUACGCCAUCACUGAGCAGCAUGAGUGUUCCAGUAAUACCACAGUCUACACCGCAAUCAUCAAAUAUCGUCUCCCCUCCGGAAACAAUGGCGGUGGUGUUAAGUAGUACGAAUGUCACAGCACCAGUAGCAGCAAUUCCACGACUGGAUUCAUCAAUUGCUGCCACUACUAUGAAAAUCGUACCACCAUUAGCCAGUGUAGAGGUUACAACAAACCUUAAGCCAACACUGGAAUCUUCAAAUGCCUUCGCUCUUCCUCAAGAACUCUCAAGAUCAUUUAGUAUUUUGAAUGUUACACACACGUUGACAUCAUCAACAACGCUAACGACACCAAAAGUCUUUUCAUCUCCACAAGAACAUAGGUUAUCACUUUAUCAGCAUGGUGUGGCAACGUCAAACUCAAACACGAAAUCUGUUACAACGUCGCUUUUAAAUACUUCACGUUCUCCUGUUCUUCCAUCUAAUGUUACUAACAUGCCUUUGAAGCCAUUAACGAUCACUACCAUAGAGAGACGUGGAAACGAGAGCAGUGAACCGAAGACUCACACCAGGUCUGGGCUAUCAGCAAAACACUAUUUGUCACAGGAGAACGCGAUAGAAGAGAAACCUACUAUGGCUAACACAACUGCAACUCCUACUCCUGGUGUGAAAUCCUCCAUUCAAGCACAGUUAAAAAUGGUAGUGACAGACAUCACGAAAUCAACAGAUACCGUAAGUCAGCUUAGAGAAUCUAUAACACGACUGAAUAUAAGUCGAAUAAAAUCCCCAGUGGCUCAAUUUGAGGCCAGCAAGAUUCGGUCAUCUGCAAGAUUAACGCCAAAGAUUUCAAGUGUACAGGAGACCCUUGAGCGCAGCAGAUCAGACGAGACAAUCGCAACAGCACACUUUGCAAAGAAAGAAGAUGUGGAUAUAAUGAUAACGAAAGUAGAUAAGAUGACUUCAACUAAUCCGCGUGCUAGUUCUGUUUUUGGCUCAAAUUAUGAUUAUUCUACGGCAAAUUUUGCCGCCUCGCAUCCAACGCCAGCCCCAGCAAGAACAGAAGUUGAAACCUUUCCCGCGAGUCUUGCUCGACACAGGUCCACGGUUUCUCUGCAAAGCGGCUUACGAACCUUAACAGCUGCUCAUCAACAAAAUGGAAAUAUCAAUGAAUCCUGGCGCCACAUAUCUCAAGCUGACAGCACAACAAUGGUUGAUACCUCAGACGUACCAUCUGGAAAACUACAAACCAAUUCGAGUGUCUCUAUCAUCGUGCACAGUAACAAAUCCAGUGAUGUAACUUCUAUUGAGAACAAGACGUCCGGCAUAGAACCAACAAGACGGCACUUUGUCAACGAACACAAGAGGGGUGACAUUGCAAUGUUGAGGAACUCAGCGUUUCAGAAAUCUCCCGGGAUACUAUCACAUUUACUGAUUCCGUCUUCAUUUGUGUCUCAAAUCAAUGCUACACCUGGAACGGGUAAACAGCAAGUAAUGACAGUGAAUCAACCCAAGCUCGCAAAUCUGAAAAGUGUGUUCCAAUCAUCUAUAUUGUCGAUAAGUAACAAUAGUGAGAACACGUCAAUGGCACAGACAUUACUGCCGGGAGCCUCAGACAGUAAAGGUAUGGUGACGACUAGAUCCACAUUGAAUGGACCCCACUACAUUCAACCGUCACCCACCACCAGAGGGAGAAGAAGUUCUUCAACGAGCGAGUUAUUGUUAAGGGAAUCUCCCUCUAUAGGGCUCAGGGCUCAGAGAAUUUCAACAUCAGCUGUCCCUCUUUUGACGUCUUCAGAGGUUUUGUUUUCUUCAAUCCCCAUUCAAAGAUCAUUUACUCACAUGAUAUCACCUAGUCGUGGCGCUGAGGUAUACCCCACACCUACAAGUCACACCCUUGAAAUAACGAGAACCAAAUCAGCGUACGCACCAUCCUCUGCACGGCGAAUAAAUGCUACAACUAUUUCAUCUUCGCUAGCAUUGGCAUUAGGGCGCAUGAAGACACCUUUGCCAGCGUCAUCAAUCCAAUCAGUCUUGCCAAAGACAUCUCGAUUAAGUUCCACUUUGUCGACGUUACUUUACCUAAGUGAUGUCGUGACUGCAGUAAAGCCUACCACAACAGGUUCCAAACUACUUAAGGGAACGAACGCGGUUGACGAUCCCCGUCUCAUAUUGACAGCUCCGCACAUACCCUAUACGCUUCACUCGCCCCCAGUUAGCAGAAUCAAGAAAAUAUCUUACACAUCAGAGGGACUUAUAGCUACAAAAGUUGUCUUGUCAUCAAGUGCUGAAACAAAGUCUCCACUUAGUACAUCUAACAACAGUCUUCUAUCAAGCACAACAAGAACGAUUCCACUGCCAACAAGUUCUUUCAAACUAAGUUCGGAAGUAGCUUCAAAGUCAAUGGUUCGUUCAAGAGGAAAUUUCCGAACCUCUUCAUCUGUUCAGCCAUAUCUAUCGACGACUACAAAUGCCUCAGCAAAGCUAAGUAUUUCCUCUGCAUCCCUUCCUCGAAACGUUUCAUUCCCUCCACAUUCACACAUAAAUGACUCAGCUGCGAACAAUAGCUCCAGAGGAGAGUUUGUUUCAAAAGAAACGGAUUAUUUGUCACAUACAGCCUCCCAGUUGCUCCAUCAUUCGAAACUAAUUAAGACUUCGCUCAAAGUGGAAAAAAGUGUAACAAUGCCACCCGGGAACCAAAACCAGACGUCGUCUUCCUUGCUAAAAGCCAAGGAUCUUCUUCAGUCACUUCAAGGUUUCAUCUCAAAUAUGGCGUCCAAGCGACAAGCAAUUCUGAGAAACGGAAAGACUCAAGACUCCGAGAAGCAGAACAUUUCUCAUGACAGUUACCAAGCCCACCAAAUUGACGAGAUUUUAAAAACAUUAAGUUCUGAUUUUCCGAAUAUACCUCAAAUAAAGGCGCUUAAUCAAUCCGUUUUGAUGUUAGUUUCCAACACCUCAAGAAAUGGAAGCGACUUUAUGUCGGUGAAAUCACUGCUUAAUAAUAUUCGAAACAUUCUCAGCCAUAGAGAAACAUUGCUCCACAGCACACCUCACUUACCAGCCAGAACCACCACCCAAAGUAUGUCUACUUCAAGCGUGCCAGUUGAAAAGAGGUUGAAUUUCUCUUCUGUCAAUAUAAAAGACAUGCCAGGAAGAACCAAGAGCAUUGUUCACGGGCCAAGCAGCCAGAUAUCAUCGAAGGUGACUGUAAAUUACAGAAAUGUGUCACUUGCUUUUCCACCAUCAAUCAGUAAAGCGGACAAUGCUUCUUCCCAGUUGCUUCAAGUUGCCUUCCCUAGUGAAGCAAAAACUCAACAUUCAUCUUCCGUUGAGUUGCAAAAACGUGUAGAAAUACCCUUCGCUGGCAGACUACUGGAACAAAUUAAAGUACUUCAAUAUUCAUCUAUGCUUAAACAGCGGCAUACACCAACAGAUUCGACACCAAUAGCCGGAGGUCUGCUAGAACAGAUCAGACCUCUUCAUAAAUCACCACAACAACCCUUACAUACCAUCUCAGCUAACUUAUCGCAGAUGUCUAGCGAAAGAGCUCCUUUAAUUACGAAACCUUUGGCAAGCAGAAGCUACACACGGGAAGCUGACAAGGAAAACCAAGAUAAAGCAACUUCCGUCGAAAAUUUGCAGCCCACAGUUGAACUGUCAAGUAUAAUAAGCAGUAAUAGCAAAGGUGUACUGCUAAGUACUUCAGUUACUGAACGUUCAGCUAAAUAUGCUAGCAGUAGAGAAAGGGAUAUUCACAGCAAGUCCCCAAAACAUGCUACAGGAGUCUCUUAUUCUAAAGCAUCUUUCACUUCACAAACUGCAUCUCCAUCGCCAAAGAGGGACCUUGAAAAACGAACAUCGCAUGUGAGACGCACAGGACCUGUGACAGUUAUCACAGCAAUCCCGUCAGUGAUCAUAAAGCCACUAGAAAUUGUACAUAGCAAGAUAUCAACACCUGUAUUAACUAACACGCCUGCUCCAAAACGUCUCGAGUCACUCACAUUGCUGCAAGGAAGUAGAGCGCUUCCAAAAGAAACGAGUCAAACAGUUAAAACUACUCUCGAUCACAGUACAACGAUCCGUUUUCCCUCAACUAAAUCAGAUUCAACAGAGAAAACGUCGCACAAGGAAAAGAAUAGCAUGUUUGGAUAUUUUGCUAAGCUACUCAAAAGCAUCAAAGAUAUUUUAACUAAAAAGAACUCCAGGCCUGGUCGUGAGUCUAAUGCCACGUCAGUGUGGAAUGGACCGACCCCGUCCUAUCAGCACGUUACAAAAGCGACAUCUGUUUCAUCAGGUCUGAGGUCUGCACUUGCAGCACUAUUCAUUACACCUCAGCAAUCCGUUGUCACGUCAAUUGCUUCGAGUGUAACGCCAACGAAACCAAGUUCAUUGCAACUCCUGACUUCCAGAGCCUUGGAUAUUUCACUAGCGAUGCAGCCCUUGCAUCAAGUUGCUUUAAACGUCACCGGAAUUCGACAAGCGGCUUUGUGUGAACAUUCACCCUCCCAUGAGAACGCGACGAUGCGAGGUGGAAUAGACUCAGGUAUCUUCAAAGAGGUGGAAAUGGUAAAUAACGACGCCGAGUGCAUCAGUCAAUGUUGUUUUUCCAAGACAUGCGACGCCGCAUUUUUGCUGUCGAAUCGUUGCUUUCUUGUCACUUGUAGGAGCAAGACACUUUGCCAGAGCGUCCCAGCCAAGAAUGUCAAAUUCAGACCCAGAGUGAUCUACAUAGAGAAGCGAAUGGCGCUAGCCAAAGAGGAAAGAAAUCAGGAAUCAUUGAAACUCUCUCUUUCCCCGAGUCCAAGGUUUGAAGCUUCCCUAACGAGCUUUCAGUUCAGCAGGUCAGUAAAAUCCAGUAUAAGUUUAAAUACACCACGAAUUAAGAGCCAUGGCGGAAAGGCUGUCUGUCAAUCUUCCGACAUUCAACAAAACGUGACUCUACGAGGUGGAAUAAAAAGCGGGCACUUCAAAGACCAAGGGACUGUUGAAAGUAUGCAAAAAUGUAUUGACCUGUGCUGCAGUGAGCGUAACUGCAGUGUUGCUUUUAUGCUUUUAAGCCGCUGUUUUUCAGUCUCUUGUUACAAUGAGACUUCUUGCAAUAGUAUUCCGGCGCGAAGUUUAAUUUUCCAGCCUCAGUUGGCCUAUUUAAGAAGAAAUGAUACUUCAAGAAGUACAUUGAACAAUCAUUUCGCAACAGUUGCAAUUUCUAAAACAAAAACUUCGGUCAUGGUGUUCUCUUCAUCGAGUGAACUAGGAGGAACGGAAAGCAAAAAAAGCUUGGCUCGUUUCCAUGACAACUGUCGCUAUAGUAACUCGGAGAUUCACGUAACCCUUCGAGGAGGACUGAACGCAGGAUCAUUUUUGGACUCUGGUGUAGUUGAUAACAUUACGGAAUGCGUCGAUAACUGUUGCCAGGCGACCAAAUGUGACGUUGCCUUCAUGAUCGUGAAGAGAUGUUUUUUGGUAACGUGCUAUAGUUCCAGCCUGUGUCAGAGCAUUCCUGCGCGAAAUUCCGGCUACUUCACCGAGAUUGUGCACAUAGCACGAGACGAGAACGCUGUUGUUCGAGAUCUUCUAGCAAGACUCGUGCAACCAUCAUCGCCGCCUGUCAAGAUGAAAAGCGUUGUUUCAAGUUCGGUGGAAACCUCCACAUUCCGUGUUAAUCUUCUCAACUCCAGUAGCUCGCUAUUUCUCAAUAGCACCACAGGUGGCUCCAUUAGUAAACUCUUGACACUGAGAGGCCAUUUUACUGGUUUCUACAGCGGAUCAAGUUUGCCCUCAAGGCCACCCGCUGUACCUGCUUUUAGGGCGGUAAUCAAAUCUGCGAUUGCACCGCUAAACGUCAACAAACAAGGAAUAGUUGCACUGAUUCAAACGAUAAGUAUGUCAACACGUCCAUUGAGCACUCGUCAUGUACUCGAUCAGAACAUUACGCCAUCUUCAGUGAAGCUUAAUUCACCAUCAAGCUCGCAAUGGCCUGAAACUGUCGGAGAUGGAAAUAUACAAGGAAAACAACUGGAAACUGUAGAGUUUUCGAAAGAUGAAACAUGUCAAAGCACAGCUGUUUUUUACAAUGCAACCAUGCGUGGAGGAAUUAAUGCUGGCGUUUUCAAGGACCAAGGGACCGUGCAAAAUAUGCGGAAAUGUAUUGAGCAAUGUUGCCGAUGGCAGUUCUGUAGUGUAGCGUUUAUGCUUUUGACUCGUUGUUAUAUAAUUGCCUGCUACAAUGAUCACUUGUGCGAUCCUGUUACAGCCAGAAAUGUGACUUUCACACCUCGCAUUGCUUUUGUUUCUCGUGUGCGGAGAGAUCAUGGCAAUUUUAGUAGAAUUUUAGAAAACAUCCCAACACCUACCUUGUCAGUCUACCAGAAGUCACACCUUAAAACAUCAACAGGAGGGACAAAUUUCACAACAGCCAAAGUUUAUUCAAACAAAGCAUUAUUUCCGUCUACAUUGACUAACGCAGCACCACAGCUGCCAAGUUCGCUGGCAAUUAAACCUUCGCCAUCUCAAUCGUCGUUUUCUAAAGUGUUUUCGUCUCGACCUGUAUUGCGUCAUAAUUGCACCAACAGCGAACAAAAACACAAUGUAACACUUCGCGGCGGGCUAAGUGCAGGGCAUUUCAAAGACAGGGGUAAAGUCGCCGAUAUGGAAAAGUGUGUCGACUUUUGUUGCAAAGAAGACCAUUGUGAUGUUGCGCUGAUGCUUUUGGAAAACUGUUUUACGGUCAUCUGUCACAACAAACGCCUUUGUGAGAGCGUACCUGCCAAGACUGGACGGUACAAGUCAAGAAUAGUUUACGUUGGGAAGAAUCGUAGUGAUAAAUCCACCCAGCUGGUAACGCAUAAAUUAACAAAGACAAUCUCCUUACUAGAUGCCGCUUUGCCGGCUAUGGGAGAAAAUAAUGAAACUGAGACUUGGCAAAAUAGAAAGAAAACCACUGUCUCUGAGAGAACUCGUAGUUUUGAGUCUCAACAACUUACGCAACUCUUAUUUUCUCCACCGUUUGAGGAGGUCGACCAAACGAGUAACAUCUCGAAGAUAGAAAAUUUGACUUCUACCGAACAUUCCACAAAUCAAAGUGAAACAAAUAAAGAACAUGAGAGUUUGAUACUUCAAAAAAAAUUACAUAAAAACGCAAAAACUAAAACAUUUUACGCUACGGCGUCACAACGCAAACAACAUCACCUGAUUUCAGCAUCUGUAUCAUCAGGUCAUAACACUAGCUUGCUAUUUUCGUCAACCAUAAGGCUGAACGCAAGCGUCUGGGCUCUUCCUGAGCCAGGUAAAUCGGCCAUAAAAAGGGGUGGAAAGUCAGGACACAAAUCUGGGCUAACGUCGACUUUUACGAACCCCUCACAACACUCAUUUCCUCAACCUUCCUCUUGUCUCAGCAGCCCGAUCUCUUACAAUGUUACGCUACGCAACGGUAUCCGAUCGGGCUAUUUUAGAGACCAGGGGAGGGUUGAGAAUAAUGGCGCGUGUAUACAAAAGUGCUGCGGCGCUGAGGACUGUGAUGUGGCUUUCUUGCUCAAGCAAAGGUGCUACCUCGUCACGUGCUACACUAAGAAGGGAUGCGAGACAGUUCCAGCCAGACACAGCUUAUUCAGACCACGUGUUUCUCACGUGCAGCGGACCAAUGUUUCCCAACUGAUGUCGUUCAUGGACGAGCAGGAUGAUGCUUAUUCAUCUGGGAAGACAGCUUCUAUCCAGUCUCGCAGCAGUACUCGAACUCAUUUUAUUACACCGUCUUCGACCCUCCCCGCUCCAGUUAACUCACUUGAUAGUAGUAGUAUACAUAAAACAGAAACAAAGGCGUCACCAACUCACAAGGCACAGGCAUCUCCAGCUCACCACAGUGGAACGAAACAUCACAAACUAAAGACUGGUAAAAAUAAACACAGAUCUGGUAACCUAGAAACGCAAAAGAGGUCGCAGCACGUGACAGUAGCACCUGAGCUAAAGAAGAGGAAAUCGAUGAAGUCAACAAAGAGUCGACGCGCCAGACAUAAACCUAAACCAAAGGAGACAAAGAGUGAAUCAUCAAGAGCCAAAAUGCAACAUUUUCAGUUACAAAUGGUGGAGAAAAAAGAUCAGAAAUUGUCCCAUAGUGACUUGAAUCAGUUAUUCCAUCUUAUGAAGCCCACGAAACGAGUGAACAAUGCUCACAGCAUGUCAGAUGUUGGACCACAGGAGACGAAUUCUGACAGCUUAAAAAAGACAACACAACCAGACAAAAUAUCCCUCAAGGACGGAGCUAUAGCGUCAUCGUUUAACUUUCCAACAGUUAUAACGACGGCCCCAACUCCUUCCGCUUCGAAACAGGACAGUUCUCGAAAAGCAGUGGCUGCAGGUUUUGACCAUAGGACAUCUAAAAAGAAAAACGAAGCUACUAGUUUACACAGAAAGUCAUCUGCGUCCACUCACAAAGGAGCGACUAAGCAGCGUACUAGGCCUUCUUUGGCAGCAACAAAGCCACAUUCAAGAAGUCACAAGUCUCAAACCACAGUAACAGGUCGUCUUGAUUUUGCUACCCAAGUUAAGGCUCUUCUUGAAAAAGAAGGCGACAAUAAGGAACAUUUUGAACAAACCAAAAAGGCAAAGUUUAGCCGAAAGACAACGACUAAGCAAAAAGCUACUUUUAUGAACACUAAAGAAUUUCACGAUUACACUACAACAUCAACUACGUCACGUCUAACAGCACCAACCCGAACAAGGUUACGUUUAAAUACACCGCGGCAACCUACUGUACUGCCACCGAAAGUUUCAUCGCAUCGUGGAAGUAAAUUCCGUGAAACGAAAUCAACUGUACCCUCCUUGCCGACACAAGUUCCCGAUCUUCGGGUCUCAAGUUGUGCAACAGGCCAUGUGGAAUAUAAUCAAACAUUACGGGGUGGGUUGUCUUCAGGUUUGUUUCAUGAGGUAGGCAAAGUGACAGAUAUUCGGGGAUGCUCACAGCACUGUUGUUCCAGUCCCAUAUGUGAUUUAGCCUUCAUGGUACUGAACCACUGCUUUUUGGUCACCUGUUCAAGUUCCAACCCUCACAUGUGCGAUAGCACGCCAGCCUUGGCUACGAACUUUAAUCCGAUGAUCUCUCGUGUAUCGCGAAGUGGGAGCAAAGACAAUAAAGAUCAGCCGAUGAAAACUGCGUCGGACAGAAACAACAAACCAACCCCCACUGUAAAGCCACUUGCAACACCACCUAAGUUGCCAAGGCAACCAGAAAUGGAAGCGCCGGUACCUGCUAGUAACGUAACCAACCAGUCAACUGCCGAGAAUCAAGCAAAUUCAUCUACGUCACCUGCUAACUCGUCACGGAGACACCCUGAAGCUAAAGAGAGUAGUGCAAUGCCUGUUUCUGCAUCUGAAAUGCUACCAUCCCCUCCAGGCUGCAUUUCCUCUUUAACGGAGCACAAUGUUACACUAAGAGGGGGUCUUCAUGCCGGAAAAUUCACAGACGCGGGUAAAGUGGACGGGUCUUACACUUGUACCGAGCUGUGUUGCAAGGCAGAUAACUGUGAUGUAGCAUUUUUCGCUUUUCAUCGCUGUUUCCUUGUCAACUGUUUCGAUGAGUACCUUUGUACUUCCACGCCCUCGUUGCUGCCGAACUUCAAUCCAACUCUGGUUCACGUGUACCGCCAUCAUUCAAAACCAACGCCAAAGCCAUCAACGACUUUACCACCAAUCAACUAUGUGUUGCAGCAAAUCGAAGAUGAAACGAAAACAAAAUCAAAUAGCAAGAAUAAAACUUGUGCCCAUUCUGAAGUUUAUGAAGAAGUCACGCUUAGGAAAGGCUACAAAGCUGGAAAGUUCACCUCUCAUGGUAAAAUCAAUUCUACAGAUCAGUGCGUCGACUUCUGUUGUAGACAGUCUGGUUGUGACUUGAUUUUCAUGUUUCUAAACAACUGUUUCACAGUUUCCUGUUCCAGUGGAGUCGCGUGCGAGAUCGUAUCAGCGAGACAAUCCAGGUUUAAACCUAGGGUUGUUUAUUUGAUUAAAAAUAACUCCACCAAGCUGAUUAAACCAUCAGAAUUGAAUUCUUCUCUCUCUGAUCCGAAAUCUUUCGUCGGAAAGCAGCCUGUGAAUGCCGUGCAUUAUAAGGAACUGCUAUCGGAUAAGAAUAAUGGGGGAUCGUACAAGAAGGACUUCAGCCAAAUGAGCAAUGACACCGAAACAAUAGAUGAAGAGUUCACGGAAGUUCCUGAUAACAAAAUAACGUCGCGCACUGUCAUCAAUACGGCGGGAAAAGUUAACUCACAACAUCUGAAACACAACGUUAGCGAACGUAUCGUGGGAAAAGAGCCUUUAGAUACCUUGCAAAAUAAGGUGUUGCGACUGAGUGAGAGAAAUCAAGAAUCUUACAAAAAGAACUUCACCCAAAUGAACAAUGAUACCGAAACAGUGGAUGAAGAAUUUACGAAAGUUCCUGGCAACAAACUAACGUCUCGCACUGUAAUCAAUUCUGCGGUAAACGCUAGCUCACAGCGUCAAAAACACAACAUUAGUAACAAUUUAAUUGCUAAAUCCGAUAUUAAAACUACAAAACAACGCUUCAAGGACAACCAUCAACCGAAACUUGAAAGUGGUGAAAUGACCAAUCACAAGGAAAGCAGAACAGACGAAAAGAUGGACCUUGUGUUGAAUAAACUAACCAACGUCACAGAAGAGAAUAAACGCCUUGAAGGAGAGCUUCACGUUGUUAUGGCCAAACAGAAUAAGCGCCGUCAUAAAAGUAGAGUAACAUCCUCAGUUCCGGCUAGAGGAGAGCGUAUGAAAGAGAAGUCACAGUCUUCAAAGAGUAUUGAAAAUAAACGGAUUAAGUAUAAAGAGAGGCGAAGAAUGGGUAGGUUAGGAUUCAGUGGUGACGGAUCCGGAAUGGACUCCUCAGCUCGGAAAAGGGUAGUCAUUGUGGAUACAGACAGACCUCCAGUGUUUCCGCCAACAGAUGAGCAUAACAUCGAGGAACACAGUAUACAUGCAUUCCGGAGGAAAACGUAUCAAAAAGAUCAUCACUUGAGAAAAUCUGGAAAGGUGACACCAGAGCAACGACCCCUAAAAAAGCAGCGUAACAAUACAAAGACAGGAUUAAAACACUGGGAUCCGACAAAUGAACACGAUAUCGAGGAACAUUCUAUUUAUAGCAUCAGCGAUGUAUCGGAAAGCAGGAGCGAAUCGAUGAAAAACCCGCACGUUAAGGUGGGAGAAGGUUCGGAGGUCAAGUACGGACAACCCGAAGAAGACACAGAUGAUCUCGAAUUGAACGACAUUCUGAAGCUGAAACCAAACAAUAAGCAUGCAAGGAGACCAGAGGAACCAGUGUGGAUAAGUUCCAGUGAUGAAAACAAAGACGACAGGGAAAGCUUCCAUGAACAAAUACCUCCUACUCAAAAAUGGCAUUUCAAGUUUAAUGACCGAACAAACAAGGAGCAUACCAAUGAGGAUGAAUUCCACAUUGAACAUCAAGAUAAAUCAAUUGCAAGGUUGGCUGAUAAAAACGUUUGGAUGAACACAAGAAAUGAAGAUAUAGAUCAUAAGGAAAGUUUCCAUGAAGAAAUAUUUCCAACACAUAAAGCGCACUUCCAGUUGGAUAGCCAGAAAGGCCUCGGACAUACCAGUGAGGAUGAAUUCCACGUUAAACAUCAAUAUAACUCUAAGUUGGCUGAUAAACAUGUUUGGAUUAACACAAGAAAUGAAGAUAUCGAUAACAUGGAAAGUUUCCAUGACCAAAUAGCUCCAACACACAAAUCGCAUUUCCAGCUGGAUGGCCAGAGAGGCCUCGAACAUGCCAGUGAGGAAGAGUUCCACAUCCAUGAUCCAACUUCGCCUGCAAAACAUAUGUGGAUGAGCUCGACGAAUAAAAACAAAGACCGUUUGGAAAACUUUGAUGAACAAAUAGCUCCAACUCACAGAUCCCAUUUCCAGUUGGACAAACAGAAAGAGAGGAUGAGAGAGGAUGAAUUCGACAUUGAUGGCAACGAUAAGUCAGAGGAUUCCGAAAGCCAUGUCUGGGUUAGUUCGAGAGACAGAAAUGAAGACCAUUUGGGAAGCUUUCAUGAUCAAAUAGCUCCCACCCAUAAAUCCAAUUUUCAAUUUGAGAACCAGAGAAUUAACAAAAAUUCCAGAGAGGACAAACGGCACAAAGAACAACAAGAUAAGCCAGAUGUGUCUCAACAGCAUGUGUGGAAGAGUACUAGGAAUAGAAAUGAAGAUCGCCUAAAAAGCUUUGAUGACCAAAUAGCUUCUACUCAUAAAUCCACCUUCCAGUUGGAUAAACAGCGAGAAAACCAGAAUACCAAAGAGGAUGACUUCGACAUUGAAACCCAUUAUAGACCAGAGGAACCCCAAAGGCAUACAUCGAUUGGUUCGCGAAAUAAGAAUGAAGACCAGCCGGGAAGCUUUAAUGAACAAGUAGCUCCUACUCAUAUAUCGCAUUUCCAGUUAGAUAAAUCGGGAGAUAACUAUCAUUCUAACGACUACGAUUUUCAUCUUGAAGACAACGUUGAGCCGCAAGAUUCUGAGAAACAUGUGGGGGAAAGUUCGAGAAAUCGAAGCAAAGAUCACAUGGAAAUGGUAAACGUUCCUGAACCAACUGUGCCUUCUCAUACAUCUAGAUUCCAAUUUGAUAAUCAGGGGAAGACCAAGCAUAUCAACAGAGAUGAAUUUCACAUUAAACAGCAACACAAACCAUCUGUACAUGAAGUGGCUGGCGCUGAGCCAAAAGACCAACAUGACAACGAGCGCCCGGAAAUGUUGUCUCAAAAUGUCUCAAAGGAGCCUGAAACUGACUUCACAAUGUCGAACUCCUCUGAGCCUGCUUUGUCAGAGUUUGUCGAGUCAGAAAAGAACACUGGGACAUCUCAAGUGGGGCAUGGCGCUGAGGGACCUGUUUUUGCGAAGGAAGACUUUGCUAAAGGACAUAAAAGGGUACCACAUGGUCAUAACGAUGGUAGCAAUAGCAAGCCAAUUGAGGAGAUGGCUUUGACGGAAAAACCCUUAGAUAUUUCUACCUCCUCAUCUGUGACCGAGCACACAGGAAAUGGGCAUAAAACAUUGACUCUUCCCGAUCGAAAGCAAGAAAACAAUAGUCAUGAAAAACCAGACCUCGACGCGAUCUAUAACAAAAUAAACAACAUCUACAAUCGCCUGCAGGAUCUUUUUGACGCACAGUCUCGAAGAGAACGAAAUACGACCCGUUCCUCUCGUAAAACACGAGGAAGGCUGGAUGGAGUAAGCGAAAACUCAAAGAGGCGUGAAGAAGGUAUACCGACGCCCCCAGUGUCAUCCCUGAGGCCUACAACUCUUCCUUCCAGGUUAACACCACCAACAAAGAGAGUACGAGUUGUCAAACAGUUUGUAACUGAUGACUUUGGAGGCUCUGGUGUGCCGCCACAUCGCCAUCGAGAUGCCCUCAUGGAUUACAUUAAAACCAUUUAUAAUCGUGUGCAGGAGUUAUACAAGAGGAAGCUGAAGACUCCACCUCCUAGCAAAAGAAGAAAGUUUCAUCAUGUUUUUGCCUCAAGGGACGACAGAAAACAAAGGAAAACCAGUAAGGGGAGAAGUCACACGAGGAAAGCGAAAAAUUACCAUCGUAAGAAAGUUGAAGAGGAAGCAGUCUUGAAAGAGAUGAAGCGGAUAUAUAAAAAUAUGAAGGAAAUGUACCAUCAGCAACGGAAAGCGCAGAAGAAAGCCAAAAUUAUCGCUCAAACCUCUGAAGGACAACAUCAACGGUCAUACAUUCCUUCACGUUAUGGUGCUCGUGAAAGUGAUGGUCGAACAGCUCCAACUGUGGAGAGUGCGAAACCGACAGGCCUGGUGGAGACUCUCGAGAGGCCAAUUUCACUGACCAGUAGUAUCGUAGGAGCUCGAGUUAAACCACAAGUUCAUAAGACCGACAGUGGACAUCGGCUUGCCCAUGAACCUCCAAGGCAACCUAGUGAUGAAGGUUAUCAGCGACACAAGCCGACAGAACCUAGCAAAGGUUACAAUGACUCGAUCAAGCAUGGCGGUAUUUUGGCUGAUAGCUUGGCUUCAAGACAUCCUACAGUUAACCAGUCAUUCAUUGACAGGAUAGUGGCAGAAAUCCAAGCGGAGCACCCGAUCAUUGGAAAGAAGAAAAAAAGCAAUAAAUCCGAUAACUUGCAACAGUUGAUUGACAAUGUGGCGGACAGCGUAGUAAAGCAAGUUACCGACGAGUUUACUGGAGAUAGGCACAAGCCAAGCAGGCGUGUUGAUGUGCCUAAACCACCGGUACAAACAAGCGCAUUGGCAUCGAAAGAUAGUGAAGAAAAUAUGCCACUCCUCAAUGACCAUCCGAGCGAAAAGCCUCGCGUAAAGGGUGCUGGUUUCCUGGAAAACGCUAUUAAAAAGUUGGCUAGUAAAGAUGAAGACCUCCCUCCUGAGAUAAUCGAUAGUGAUGAGAUAACUGGUGGUAUGUCUCCUGUGCCACUCCCUGAGGAUGUCAAACCAUCAUCCAUGAUAUCCCCUGCACAGGAAUCACACUCCUCGUUCUCCUACGCCGCACGGGAGAAGGAUCCCCUGCGAAGGCCGCAACCCGAGAACCCAGGAAAACAGGAAAUACGGGAGAUGUACAAGUUCAGACAUAGGUUGAAGAAAAAGAAGCCGGUGGUAGAAAAGGGGUUGAAAAAGCUUACCAUUCCUGCGACUACUGAGGGUAACGUAGAAUACCUCGUGCUUCACAUGGGCUUCGAAAACAUCGAAAAUCGUACAGCUCUUGACAGUUCUGGGCAUGACAACAACGCUGUUCUUAGCGCAGAGGUGCGCCUGUCAGUUACUGAAUCCAAAUGUGGUUCUGCUCUGAGCAUGGGCGGUGGGCGCCUUCUCUUUACCCAUUUCAACAGCCGUCCACGAGAGGCUAUCACAAUCGCUUUGUGGCUAAAGCUCGAUUCAGUCUCCGGGACAGCUACUCUGUUCAAAACGACCGGGUCUGGAGCCAAGUACCACUUGAAAGUCGCUGAUGGUAUCAUUUAUUGGUCUCAUGUUGAUGACUUGGGUCACGUGAUUUUCAGCAUGGAAACGAGGCAGACGGUGGACUCGCUUGAUUGGGUACAUGUCAGUGCAACUUACGACGCGCACAUCAAUAUGAGCAAGAUCAUCCUGAAUGGAGCUGUUCUUGACGAGAAGGAAGGAUACGGGUUACUUUCGCAGAACUGGGACGGGGAAGUUGGAAUUGGAAUUACCGAAGGCAUCCGAGGACUUAUUGAUGAGUUUUACAUGUAUAAUCAUGCACUUGCUGCUUCGGAUCUCAGUGAUCUGUCGGAAGAGUGCAAUCCUGGAGCAGGAGGAGCCAUUCCUCUCAAGGAAGGAAGUUAUGAUGGGCUCAUACCCGAGGAAAUGAUCGAAGAUGCGACACUGUUGCUGCAUCCAAAUGCCACAACAACUAAACAGCUAAACGCAGCUCCUACUACACAAACUACACAAGGCACGACCCCUUCGACAAGCUCGUCAACGAAACCUGUUCCGCCUACUUCGCCAACCACGGCACCUACUACUACUGCUACCACGUCUACAGCAAAAUCAACCACCUUGUCUACUAAACCAGUGGUACCAAGCAAGCCUUCAUUUACCACUCCAUAUAAACCGACACUUCAAGUACCAGCUGCUGCGACCCUUAGUAGAAAUGGCGGCGUGGGUAGCGUUCCUUCCACGAUCACCUUACAUGACGAACCCAACUGCCAGCAAGGGAUGUUCUACUUCAACAGUGAGUUACGAGGUGGCAUGGACGCGGGGCUCUUUAUAGACCUGGGCCGAGUAAAAGGCACCUCUGGUUGCCUGAAAUUUUGUUGUGAAAUCGAGUCAUGUGACCUUGUUUUCAUGAAACGUGAUAGCUGUUACGCCGUGGAUUGUUUCAAUAGCCACCUGUGCGAGCCCGUGGCAGCGGUCCCGUACAGGAGUGACAUGCCCAGUGUUUACUACGUCACGAGAAGUGGCAAAUCCAUAUUGGAUGAAAAACUGAAAAAGUUGGAAACUCGACCAACAACGCGUCCAACAACAAAACAACCAACUGCACAGCCGCCACCAACCAUCAUAACACCAAGUGAGAUGUUCCUUCCUUACCAGAAAAUCUCAACACCACCCACCUACGCCUCGCCGAUCACAAAACGUUUCUGCGCUCAAGGAAUGUUCUUCUACGACGUGAAACUUCGGGAUGGCUGGAAUGCAGGCAUGCUUCUGCAAGCGACGCACGUUGAUAGCAUGACAGAAUGUAUUCAGUUAUGUUGUGACGAGCCUGCCUGUGAUUUUGUUAUGCUGAAGGAAAGAAAGUGUAACACAGUGCGGUGCAAAGGAGGCGACACAUGUACCGUGGAGGAAGGAGGCAAUUACCAGAUCUCGUUUGUCAGUAGACAAGAUAUGGUCGAGGAUGAAACUAAAUCUAGACCGACCCCCACGCCUCUUCCCCUCAGUCCUUUGGGUGGCAACAUUGAUGGCCUGCCGGCGAACCACCUCCGCUAUCUCUCGUUAUACCUUGGAUUUGAUCACGUGAUCGGCUCCGUGGCGGUGGAUGGAUCUGGGCUUAACAACGAUGCGAGAUUAACGAAAGGCACUGAAGUAACACGGCUUGGUAAGCGAGGAUUCGACAUUAGAUUGAAUGGAGGAGACGUGCUACUUGACGGCGAACACUUCCGAGAAAAACCACGCGAGGCCGUCAGCAUUGCGCUAUGGGUUAAACUCUGGAGGACUGGUGGAGUGCAUUCCAUGUUUGACACAAUCGGUGGACACUCGAUUCACAGCAAAGGACAGUACCACUUUGAAGUGUACAAUGGGCGGCUUAGAUGGUUCCAUCGAAACGAAUACGCUAAAGAAGUCUUCAACGUCAGGACCUCGCCAGUUCUGCAGCCCAACCUUUGGUACCACGUGGUUGGCACGUACGAUUCGCGCACGCACAUGGUCAGAGUGUUUGUGAAUGGUGACUUGGUUGGGGAGGGUCAUGGUAGCGGUAUGCUAUCCCUAGACUGGGAGGCAAAGGCAGGAUUUGGCUCUCAUUCCGGACGCAGGAUUUUACUCGGCUAUCUUGACGAGAUUUACAUAUUUAGACGCGCGCUUCUAGAGAAGGAGAUCGACAGAUAUCUGGAGAAUCCGAAUAGAGACUCUCUACUUCAGCCAGAUUCAGAUGGUACCUACACGGAAAGUUACACCGACGAUCCUUCAGAGGACGAUAGCUUCUCAGAUAUCAACACCGACACAGUUUGGUUUUCGCGACCGACGAAUCGCUUAACAAACUAUCCCCUCCCACGCGUUUCGAACAACACCACGACCUACAUGGAUCAAGAGCAGAAGCCGACUGCUGUUGUGAGUGCCGAGAGAGCAAAACCAACACAAGGGCAAGCUACACAAACACCAACGGUUAAAUCACCGCAAACAACAGAAACGACAACGCAGUCUACAACGCCACCCACCACUCUAAAAGCCACAACGACGAUUAAAACAACGGCCAUGCCGUCCAAGGUAACCAGCACAGCAAAGGAAAACUUCAACUCAAUUUGCAGACUAGGUAACGUCUAUAGAAACAGGGAUCUGGUUGGAGGAUUAGGUGCAGGAAACUUCACUGAUAAAGGAACAGUCGAUACCAUUGAGCAGUGUAUGAAGAUUUGCUGUGGAGUGCCGGAUUGCUCCGUGGCUUACAUGGUGGAAACUAAUUGCUUUGCCAUAACUUGCAAGGAAAAGGAACAGUGUAAGACAUUCAUGAAGGACCCAUCGGAAAACAGUCCGGUUAUAGGAUUUGUCGAUCGAAACCGACCAGAAGAAUCAACUCCACGCCCUUCUGCGACAGAGGAAACACAAGAACUACCAAAUCUUUCGGAGAACAACGUCCACGUUGAACCAGAUGCAGAUUCUAAAACCUUUUACACCUCGGAAGACGACAAGGAGUCUGCAAACAACUUGAUUGACCUUCUGUCCCCAAAGAAUCCCACUUCAAGUAUAACUUCUGAGCCUGUGGUAUCACGCUGUACCCACAGCAGACUAUAUCAUCACGUGACUUUGAUAGGUGGUUUACGCGCGGGAAACUUCUCACGGCUGGCAGAGCAUGUGGAUAUGGGCGAGUGCACCCGGAAGUGCUGUGCCCAGCGGUCAUGUAACUUGGCGAUCCUUAUGAGAGACACAUGUUUUGGGUUGCAUUGCUCUAGUCCAGAGCUUUGCAGUACCAGGCCUGCUCGUUUAAGAGGUUUCUCUCUCAAGAUAAUGUAUAUUUACAGGGAAGACUCCAAAGCUCAAGCAAAGGCUACUGCCAAAACGACAGAACCCUCGCUAGAAGACCUUCUUGGUGAAGUCAAACCUACUCAGUCCCCAACAACUGCGCCGUCUUUGAACACUAUGCUGGGAUUCCCUCGCAUGGGCACCAGUCAUGUGAUAACGCCUAAGCCUCCGACCGGGUGUUCUCAAGGACUGACAGUCAACAAUGUUAUUUUGAACGGCGGGAUGGGAGCUGGCGAGGUCGCUCAGUUCUCAGACGUGAGAGAUUUACAGCUUUGUAUCGAGAAGUGCUGCGUGAGUUCGAAGUGCCACUUGGCUUAUGUCAUACACGAGGUCUGUUACACUGUGAACUGCUUCAGUAGGGACCUCUGUCGAACAAGACCUAUUGAGAACACUGCUGUACACUCGGUUAUCUCAUACGUCAAGAGAACCGGCUUGGCAAUGUUCAGCAGCGCCGAGGAAGCAAGCGUUCAAAAUCUUCGAAACGCCGAUAUGCAGCCAACAAAGAAUCCAAUUAGUGCUGCCUUCACCACCAAAGAGCCAGGCAACAACACCAUCUGCCAGAAGGACAGAACGUUUUACAACGUACAGCUGAAGGGAGGAGAGAGCACUGGCGUAUUUACCGAGAGAGGCCUGGUAUCAGACAUCAGUCAGUGUGCAGGAAUAUGCUGCGGGGACCCGUCAUGUGACCUGGCUUACACGGAAGGUCAGCGGUGCUAUACAGUAAAAUGCUACAACCAAGAGGCUUGUCAACUCAUAGAGGCCAGUCCCCUCGCUGUUAAGACUGCCAUGGCGUACGUUAUCAGGUUGACGAACAAAUAUGUUAUUCAAGUGCCUCCACGAACAACUGACUCGAUGACAAGAAGACUAGAAACUACAAAGCUGGUGAUGUCGACAACUAAUAAACCAAUAAUACAUGGUGACCAUAGCAAAGAUGAAAUUUCCAAUGAUGCUAAUGAACGCGACAGCCAUCAGAAAGAAGAUAAUGGACACGAUGACUUACGACCCUAUCAUGUUCUUAAACAUAAUUUGCACAAGCAUCACCAUCACCUUAACAAAGUUGAAGGUAUGCAGUGUCCUGCCAGACGAUAUGGCUGUCAACACUACUGUGUUCAUCUGCCUGAUGGAGGCCAUCGCUGCAUGUGUCACCAUGGUUACAGUUUGGCGCCAAAUGGAAGAUAUUGUGAAGACGUUGACGAAUGUACUGACGACACGCAUGGCUGUGAACAUGACUGCAUUAAUAAUGACGGUAGCUACCGGUGUGAGUGCCGCAGUGGAUUUAUGCUGAGCAAAGACCGUAGACACUGCGACGAUCUUGACGAGUGCACCAUGGAAGUUCACAGCUGUUCUCACAUGUGCCAUAACACUCCUGGCAGCUACACAUGUUCAUGUAAAGAAGGUUAUCAACUCCAGGCUGAUGAGCUACAUUGUAUAGUGCCUCCACGAACAACUGACUCGAUGACAAGAAGACUAGAAACUACAAAGCUGGUGAUGUCGACAACUAAUAAACCAAUAAUACAUGGUGACCAUAGCAAAGAUGAAAUUUCCAAUGAUGCUAAUGAACGCGACAGCCAUCAGAAAGAAGAUAAUGGACACGAUGACUUACGACCCUAUCAUGUUCUUAAAAAUAAUUUGUACAAGCAUCACCAUCACCUUAACAAAGUUGAAGGUAUGCAGUGUCCUGCCAGACGAUAUGGCUGUCAACACUACUGUGUUCAUCUGCCUGAUGGAGGCCAUCGCUGCAUGUGUCACCAUGGUUACAGUUUGGCGCCAAAUGGAAGAUAUUGUGAAGACGUUGACGAAUGUACUGACGACACGCAUGGCUGUGAACAUGACUGCAUUAAUAAUGACGGUAGCUACCGGUGUGAGUGCCGCAGUGGAUUUAUGCUGAGCAAAGACCGUAGACACUGCGACGAUCUUGACGAGUGCACCAUGGAAGUUCACAGCUGUUCUCACAUGUGCCAUAACACUCCUGGCAGCUACACAUGUUCAUGUAAAGAAGGUUAUCAACUCCAGGCUGAUGAGCUACAUUGUAUAGUCAUCACAGAGGUGGGAUCUAAGAAGGAUCAAGAUCAUCCGUCUGUAGCCGGAUUAGAAAUUCCUACAACAAUAACCCAAGCCCCUAAAGAUGUAACGGUAACGCAGGGUGAAUCCGGGAUCUUUCAUUGCAAGGCGAGAGGUCAUCCAGCACCUCAUAUCGCUUGGGCAGCAGGGCCAAACGGUGACCAACCCAUCCCCUCUGAGAAGAGGUUCAAGAUCUUACCUAGUGGCUCCUUGGUAAUUGGUCACGUGAAUUUUACAGAUCAAGGCAUGUAUCGUUGCGUUGCGUCGAAUCCUGCGGGCAGUGCUACGGCAGCAGCAACUCUUAGUGUGACAGGUAAGGAACCGGUAAAACUGGUUACGAAAAUCUGGUGCGAACCAGACAAGCUCCUUUAAGAGAGGAAG